ACACGUCACUGCUACAAAAACAUGUAAAAUGUUUACGUUUUAAAUGCAUUUAUAAUUCGUUUUUAUGCCCAACAUGAAAUUUUCUGACGUCUUGCGUCGCUUUGACGCCUACCCCCGCACUUUGGACGAUUUCAGUGUGCGCACAGUGGGUGGCGCCGCUGUAACUAUCAUCAGUACCAGCAUUAUAAGCCUGCUGAUCUUCCUCGAGUUUCUAAACUACAUGCAGCCCGCACUGAACGAGGAGCUGUUUGUGGACACCACAAGAGGCCACAAGCUGCGCAUAAAUUUGGAUGUCACACUUCACAACUUGGCCUGCAACUAUAUAUCACUGGACGCGAUGGACUCGUCUGGCGACACACACUUGCGGGUGGACCACGAUAUAUUCAAGCAUAGGCUCGACCUGAAGGGUGAGCCACUCAAGGAGACGCCCAUCAAGGAAAUUGUGGCCGUCUCGCCGCCGAACAAGAAUGUCACAUGCGGCAGCUGCUACGGGGCCGAGCACAACGCAACGCAUUGUUGCAACACGUGCGAGGAAGUUCUGGAUGCUUACCGCCUGCGCAAGUGGAACGUCCAAGUCGACAAGAUCGAGCAGUGCAAGGGAAAGUACAAACGCACCGAUGAGGACGCCUUCAAAGAGGGUUGUCGCAUACAGGGACACCUUGAGGUGAAUCGAAUGGCGGGCAGCUUCCAUUUUGCUCCCGGCAAGAGCUUCUCCAUACGUCAGUUCCACAUACACGACUUCCAGUUUAGCAAUGUAAAGCUCUCCCACACAAUCAACCAUUUGUCCUUUGGGGAGAAGAUAGAGUUUGCCAAGACGCAUCCCCUGGACGGUCUGCGUGUGGACGUUGCAGAAACCAAAAGCGAAAUGUUCAAUUAUUACUUAAAAAUCGUACCUACACUAUAUAUGCGCCAGAGAGAUGGCCAGCCAAUUUACACAAAUCAAUUCUCCGUCACACGAUACCGCAAAGAUCUUACAGAUCGCGAAAGGGGAAUGCCGGGCAUAUUCUUCAGCUAUGAACUAUCGCCGUUGAUGGUAAAAUAUGCACAAAAACACAGCUCCUUUGGCCAUUUUGCCACAAACUGUUGCUCCAUUAUUGGCGGGGUCUUCACGGUGGCCGGCAUUUUGGCUGUUCUGCUGAACAAUUCCUGGGAAGCCAUACAACGCAAGUUGGACGCGGGAAAACUGAGCUAACAACUAGAAUCUCCUUUACAGCUUUAUUGCAGCUUUACAACGCCUAUCUCAUUUUAAGCCAGACAAAUUUAUUAAUAAAAGUGCUUCAUUUGAUAGUA